AUGCCGAAUGACAUCAAGUUUUUCAUUGGGCAUCGUGUUGAAAGUCAUCCCAUGUUGGAAAUCGUAUGGGAAGGAAACAAGAAGCAUGCGUUUGGGAGUCAGGGAUCCCUUAUAAGGGAGCAUGAGGAGAGCACUGUAGCCCAAGCGCCCUCCGACUCGGAGGAUCCUUGCUUCUAUGUUGGUACCGUCAACCCAGGCAAACCUGGCCGCUAUGUCUGCGGUCCAUGCCAUUCCCACUAUCUAACCAUGCCAGCCACAUCUGUGAGACCCACUGGUAGAUCUGUUCCGCAGCCGCAGCUCUCCCAUACCUUCCCUGACCCACGCACGAUCCGGCAAACUGUCAAUGCCGCACAGAGGAAAUCAACAGUUAACCCCCCUCCUGUUAUUGCAUUUGGUCGUGGCAUUCAUCCACCGUCAAUGACCCAUUCCACUGGGCCAGACAUCACUAUCCCAUCAUCAUGGGGGCAGCCGGGUCGCUCCUCAGGCUCAGGCUAUUCGGUAAAUCAUGCACAGUAUGGCACCGAGCAUGGGCAGCCAAGUCGCUCCUCAGGCUCAGGCUAUUUGGUAAAUCAUGUGCAGUAUGGCACCGAGCGUGAGCGUUGGUCGAAACUCUCAUAUGCACUUCCACCAAUGGAAACCAUCACACUCGACAUUUCGGCAGUCCAUGAGGUCGGUGCACGGAGGAAAGGACAUUGGGUUGUGAUUGGGAAUAUCCAAGAAGGCAAAAAAGAUGUUGACGCACGCAUUGAUGCUCCUGGGCUCAUGGAUAUUGCAUUCGACACUAUCCUUCCUAAUAUUUUGACUUUUGGUGCAGGAUUCCCAUGGCGUAUUGAGGAGUUUGUUGUCCGAGAUGCAGUAUGGGUUGACCUCUUUACGCACAAGGCCUCGGUCCCAUAUUUCAUCUCGCAAUGCAUGGUCCCAAGCAAGAAAGGAUCGAAGGCACCCACAUUCAAGACCAAGCAAUUUGCGCUGAUGGUCGUUGUUCCGGAGGCUCAAUGGAAUGAGUAUGAGGAAUGGGUAGAAAAAGCGGAGGAGGUAAGACAGGUCACCACUCGUCAAGUUCAAGUUCAACAUCGGGUAGAAACAACGGAGAACGUCUCUACUGUAUUGCAAAGCACCUCCGCAUCCACUCAAAAUCUUACAUCGUCAAGUGCCUUUGAGUCUACCAAAUGGUCCCACAGGAACAAUCUGAGCACCGCCACCACAUCUUCAUCACCACCUCACAAAAAGCUUGCAGUUGCGCCACCCAAAGCGCUGUUUAGCUUGCCUGAUCGCAGCGACCUAAAGGAAGCACUGUGGAGUGGAGGCAGUGCAACAAACUUUGAUGUUGCACAAGUGCUUGGCACAUACACUGAGAACAUUCAUUUCUAUGGGAUCCCCACUCGUCCGCUUGCAGAUAUCCUUAGUAAGAAUCUCAAUUAUCGUUCUUUUAAGGUAGAACUGGUGCAGGCGAUAAUCGGACAGCUGACAGUCAAUUCAUCUAUGUGCAGCAUGCUGGGGGCUGGUGGAUUUAAGACUGCUCAUCCUGGUUGGCUUUCUCUCACUCCUCUUGUUAAAAGUGGGCUAGGAUCGGUUCCUGGUCAAAAUGUUGCAGUAAAGCGACCGUUUCAUAAGGUGUUUCCAUCUGCCUCAAGCCUUAUGUACAAAAUAGGUUGUUUUUCUUCAAUCGACAAAAUAGCCAAGCUUGGCAAGGAAGCAAAUGUUUUAUAUUGGGCUCAUUCUCUCCUACAGCUCACAUACGCCUUCAUCGAUCACUGUAUUGCCUCCUCUGAGGAACCUCCACCAUUUAACAUCCCUCGUGUGCGCUUCGUUGACGCUGGCUUGGCAAUCUCUUACUCUCAACGUGAUUCCAAACCUACGAAGGCAGGCUCAAAAACAGGCUCAUCGUGUGUGGGAUAUCUUGUAGAGGAGCUUAUUGAAGGCGGGCCAGACGUUUUUGUGAAGUUCAUUCACAACAUGGACUCUAAUCCUCUGCUCGAUCAAGAUGAUUAUGGCUAUGAAGUAGCUUUGUUCUUUUCUUUCACGCAACAUGUGCAGUCGGUUGGCCAAGGGAAGGAUCUUUUUGGCAAGGGGAAUAUGGAAUGCACGGUUAGCAUGUUUGAGAAACAGCACAAAUGCAAUGAGUUUUGUGAGUGGCCAGGGUUUGGAUUGGUGCCCUUCGCCACGACAACAGAAGACGAAAGCACAGAGGAGACAGGAGCUGGAGAAGUCAGAUGUAGGGAAGAUGGUCCAAUUGCUUCUUAG